UGGGUAUGAAUGGAGAAAGGAUUUGAAUGGAUUUGAAUGUGCUGCACAUUCCACGAUACACCCUUGUGGACCCUCACCACUACCACCAUUCACUUCCAUGGAAUCCAAUGAACCUAACCAAAGUAACAAUUCACAAGUAUUUUCUUCCUCAAGUUCAACGGUAUCUGUUCUUCAGAGUUGCAGAGAGUCCCCUUCAUCCCUUGUUACCUACAAACUUUUCUUCAGAGUUGCAGAGUUUCCCCUUCAUCCCUUGUUACCUACAAACACAAACAUGGCUGGUAUUGUCGGAGAAGCUGUUUUGUCUUGUUUCAUCCAGAAGUUGGUUGACAUGGUCACCUCCCCGGAGCUGUGGAAGUAUGCACGUAAAGAGCAAGUUGAUUCUGAGCUGAAAAGGUGCAAGAAUAUAUUGACAAAGAUCUGUUUAGUGCUCAAUGACGCAGAGGAGAAGCAGAUGACAAACCCUCUGGUCAAAAUAUGGCUGGACGAGCUUAGAGACUUGGCUUACGAUGUGGAGGACAUCUUGGACGACUUCGCCAUCGAAGCUUUGCGAAGCAGCUUGAUCAUGGCUCAACCCCAACAAGGCAUUAGUAAGUUACGAGACAUGCUCUCUUCUCUCAUUCCGAGUGCUUCUACGUCUAAUUCUAGUAUGCGUUCCAAGAUUAAGGAGAUCACUGAAAGAUUACAAGAGAUUUCAGCCCAAAAGAAUGACCUGGAUUUACGAGAGAUUGCUGGAGGGUGGUGGUCUGAUAGAAAGAGAAAGCGAGAGCAAACCACUUCUCUGGUGGUUGAAUCCGAUGUUUAUGGUAGGGAAAAAAAUAAAGCGGAUAUAGUUGACAUGUUACUCAAGCACGAUCCAAGUAGUGAUGAUGAAGUCUCCGUAAUUCCAAUUGUCGGUAUGGGAGGUAUCGGCAAAACUACUCUGGCUCAGCUUGCCUUCAAUGAUGAUGAAGUGAAGGGCCGUUUUGAUUUGAGAGCAUGGGUCUGUGUUUCUGAUGACUUUGAUGUUUUGAGAAUAACCAAGACCAUUCUACAAUCCGUUGAUCCGGAUAGUCGUGAUGUCAAUGAUCUCAAUUUGCUUCAGGUCAAAUUGAAGGAGAAAUUUUCUGAGAAGAAGUUUCUUCUUGUGCUAGACGAUGUUUGGAAUGAGAAUUGUCAUGAAUGGGAUACUUUGUGCAUGCCAAUGAGAGCUGGGGCAGCCGGUAGUAAACUCAUCGUGACAACCCGUAAUGAAGGUGUCGCAGCAGUUACCAGAACUUGUCCAGCUUAUCCCCUACGGGAGUUAUCAAACAACGAUUGUUUGUCUUUAUUCACUCAGCAAGCAUUGAGGACAAGAAACUUUGAUGCCCAUCCACACUUGAAAGAGCUCGGUGAGGAAAUAGUGAGAAGGUGCAAAGGCUUGCCUUUGGCUGCGAAGGCACUCGGUGGCAUGUUGCGCAACCAACUAAGUCGCGAUGCAUGGGCAAAUAUAUUAACAAGCAGGAUAUGGGAUUUACCGGAAGAUAAAAGCCACAUUCUUCCCGCUCUCAUGUUAAGCUACCAUCAUCUCCCUUCUCAUUUGAAGCGGUGUUUUGCAUAUUGCUCCAUGUUUCCAAAGGACUAUGAAUUCAACAAGGAUGACUUAGUCCUCUUAUGGAUGGCAGAAGGCUUUUUGCAGAAAACGGAGGCAGCUAGGCCAGAAGACUUAGGUUCUAAAUACUUCAAUGAUUUGUUCUCCAGGUCAUUUUUUCAACAUUCAAGUCGAAAUUCAUCCCGAUAUGUGAUGCAUGAUCUCAUCAAUGAUCUAGCUCAGUCAGUUGCAGGAGAAAUAUACUUUCAUUUGGAUAGUGCACGGGAGAAUAACAAACAAUCCACCGUUUUUGAGAAGACUCGUCAUUCAUCAUUCAAUCGUCAAAAGUUUGAGACACAGAGAAAAUUUGAACCCUUUCACAAGGUGAAGUGUUUGAGAACAUUGGCUGCACUACCCAUGGACCACGAUCCAGCUUUUAUCCGUGAAUACAUAUCAAGUAAGGUGUUAGAUGACCUUUUAAAGGAAGUGAAAUAUUUACGGGUAUUAUCUUUAAGUGGCUACGAAAUAUAUGAGUUACCGGAUUCAAUUGGCAAUCUUAAAUAUUUGCGGUAUCUCAAUUUGUCAAAUUCUCCCGUAAGAAGGUUACCUGAUUCAGUAUGCCAUCUCUACAACUUACAAGCACUGAUAUUAUAUUAUUGCAAAAACCUUAAGAGGUUGCCUGUGGGAAUUGGAAACCUAAUCAACCUUCGACACCUUCAUAUCUCUGAUACAUCUCAAUUACAAGAAAUGCCUUCUCAAAUCGGAAACCUAACAAAUCUACAAACCUUAUCUAAGUUUAUUGUGGGUGAAGGCAACGGCUUGGGGAUAAGAGAAUUGAAGAAUUUGUUUGAUCUUCGAGGAGAGCUUUCAAUUUUUGGGUUGCACAAUGUAAUGGAUAUUCAAGAUGUAAGGGAUGCCAAUUUAGAAAGUAAGCACCACAUUGAGGAGUUAAGAGUGGAAUGGAGCAAUGACUUUGGUGCUUCACGAAAUGAAAUGCAUGAGAGGCAUGUUUUGGAGCAGCUACGACCUCAUAGAAAUCUGAAAAAGCUCACAAUUGCAUCUUAUGGUGGAUCAGAAUUCCCAAGUUGGAUGAAGGACCCAUCAUUCCCAAUAAUGACACACUUAAUUCUCAAGGACUGCAAGAGAUGCACAUCAUUACCCGCGCUUGGCCAAUUAUCCUCACUCAAAGUCUUGCAUAUUAAAGGUAUGAGUGAAGUGAGAACCAUAAAUGAGGAGUUUUAUGGAGGGAUUGUGAAGCCUUUUCCAUCCUUGGAGUCUCUAACGUUUGAGGUAAUGGCAGAAUGGGAAUACUGGUUUUGUCCUGAUGCAGUUAACGAAGGUGAAUUAUUUCCAUGUCUUCGAUUGCUUACAAUAAGAGAUUGUAGGAAGUUACAACAAUUGCCUAAUUGCCUACCUUCCCAAGUGAAAUUUGACAUCUCUUGUUGUACAAAUUUGGGAUUUGCUUCUUCAAGAUUUGCAUCUCUUGGUGAAGUAAGUUUAGAAGCAUGUAAUGAGAGGGUGCAAAUAAGUGAGGUGAUAAGUGGGGUUGUCGGAGGUCUUCAUGCAGUUAUGAGAUGGAGUGAUUGGCUUGUUUUGUUGGAGGAGCAAAGGCUGCCUUGCAAUCUUAAAAUGUUGAGCAUACAAGACGAUGCUAAUCUGGAAAAGCUGCCUAAUGGAUUGCAAACUCUCACGUGUCUUGAACAGUUGGAAAUAAGUAGAUGCCCUAAACUAGAGUCAUUUCCAGAGACGGGGCUGCCACCAAUGCUAAGAAGCCUUAAGGUGAUUGGUUGUGAGAAUCUAAAAUGGUUGCCUCAUAACUACAACUCAUGUGCCCUUGAAUUCUUGGACAUUACUAGCUGUCCAUCUCUCAGAUGCUUUCCAAAUUGUGAGCUACCAACCACACUCAAGAGUUUAUGGAUUGAAGAUUGUGAAAAUCUAGAGUCUUUACCAGAGGGAAUGAUGCCCCACGAUUCCACUUGUUGUCUUGAAGAGCUGCAAAUAAAGGGAUGCCCCAGACUGGAGUCAUUUCCCGAUACGGGGUUGCCACCAUUGCUAAGACGACUUAUAGUGAGUGUUUGCAAGGGUCUGAAAUCGCUGCCUCAUAACUACAGCUCAUGUGCCCUUGAAUCCUUGGAGAUUAGAUAUUGUCCAUCUCUCCGAUGCUUUCCAAAUGGUGAGCUACCAACCACACUUAAAAGUGUAUGGAUUGAAGAUUGUGAAAAUCUAGAGUCUUUACCAGAGAGAAUGAUGCAUCACAAUUCCACUUGUUGUCUUGAAUUAUUGACGAUAAGGAAUUGUUCAUCUCUCAAGUCCUUUUCAACAAGGGAGUUACCCUCCACCCUUAAGAAACCUGAGAUUUGCGGGUGCCCCGAAUUGGAGUCCAUGUCAGAGAACAUGUGCCCCAACAAUUCAGCUCUUGACAAUUUAGUCCUUGAGGGUUAUCCAAAUCUGAAAAUCCUACCAGAAUGCCUUCACAGCCUCAAGAGUCUCCAAAUAAUUAACUGUGAAGGUCUGGAGUGCUUUCCAGCAAGAGGCUUGUCCACCCCCACCCUCACAAGUCUUCGAAUUGAGGGAUGUGAGAAUCUGAAAUCCCUGCCACAUCAAAUGAGAGACCUCAAAUCUCUUAGAGAUCUUACCAUAUCGUUUUGUCCGGGAGUGGAAUCCUUUCCAGAAGAUGGUAUGCCCCCCAAUCUGAUAUCACUUGAGAUUUCUUACUGUGAGAAUCUGAAAAAGCCCAUAUCGGCGUUCCACACCCUCACCUCUCUUUUUUCAUUGACUAUUGAGAAUGUGUUUCCCGAUAUGGUUUCCUUUCCGGAUGUAGAGUGUCUUCUUCCCAUAUCUCUCACCUCCCUCAGAAUCACUGAAAUGGAAUCCCUAGCCUACCUGUCUCUCCAAAAUCUCAUCUCUCUUCAAUACCUAGAUGUGACAACUUGCCCUAACCUCGGAUCCUUAGGGUCGAUGCCAGCAACACUUGAAAAACUUGAAAUCUGGCAAUGUCCUAUACUAGAAGAAAGGUACUCAAAGGAGAAAGGAGAAUAUUGGCCCAAGAUCGCUCACAUUCCAUGCAUUGCAAUGCGUGGUCAAUAUAUCCAUUGAAGCAUAGAUGUUGAAAGUGAAAUGCAGUUUGUGGGUUGUGGAAAAGAAACAGAAGCGGAAACACAUUCAACCCCCAGUCCUUACAGAUGGGUCCUGCUUGACAGGAAUGUUCCAUUCCCUCGAUGAAUUGGUGAUUUUGUCUGCAGUUACUAGUCAAGCAAUGAAAGCAAACAAAUAGGUACAUCUGCCCAUUCACGAUACCUGACUUCCAAUUUCAGUGGCCCAAUACCAUUUUCAGUUUCAGAUACUAAAAGAAAAUUCCUCUGAAGAUGUAGUAAGGGGGUAAAAGAUGAAGAUCAAAUGAAAAUUUUCCUAAUCAUAGCUGCAGCCUAUUCUCAUGCUGUUUGAUCUUAAGAAGAUAGGAGUUGGCAACAAAACCUUCUGGUUGACUUUGUAUAUGAAUUACGGUAUCUCAAGAAAGGUGUCCAUAUAUUGGUUGGUCCCUUAACCUCCAGUUAUUAGGGCUUCCAGCAGUAUUUAGAAGGCUUAUCAUAGGUUGUCCUAUUCUAAAACAAAGGUGCAUAAAGGAGAAAGGGGAGUGCUGGCCCAACAUUGUCCAUGUCCCCUGCAUGGAUAUUAACUGUGAUAACUUGAGAUUGAAGGUCAUUUCUCUAGGCUUAAACUUAGAAGGAAAAUUCAUUCAACCCUAUCCUAUCCUUACUUUUAAUCAGGUAUGACCAUUCAUAUUAUCAAUGCAGUUUUAUUUGAAUUCUAUUUUUCCCACUCAGAAAAAGAGAAGAAAAAGCAAACAGAAAGAAAGAAAUCAAAGACAGCAAUCCCCUCCUUAUAUCAAUCAUUAGAUUUGCCUUUCCAUACACAAUGCAUAACUCCCAAUACCAUUUACUGUUAGAUAAUUUUAGAAAUUUCUUGGUUAAACUUACCUUCAUAGUCAUCACCAUUGUCAGGAAGGUAACUUAUUGAAUCAUCAGAUUCUGCAUAAGAGUAAGAGUAUUUGUGAUUUGCAGGCUAGGUGCAGGACCCUUGAAAAAAGGCUAGACUUAGGAGCGCAAGCCCUACCGGGUUGAGCUGUUGUUAGCCGUGGAUAGGUGUUUGUUAGGCUGUAAGGUGGUUGGGGUGACGUCUCAUCAGGUCUGUUAAUCUACUAUUAGGCUCUAGUUCAAAACCCUAAAAUGAAUUCUAUUUUCAGAACCAUGUCUAGGAGAUCCAGUGAUUCUCAAGAUACUGUUGUAAACAGUGAAGAGAUCAAUUAUCCUAAGAUCCAAAAUGAUCUAGAUGAUUGGAAGCUACCUAAGGUGUCUACCCAAGAAAUUUACAAGAAAGGAACCUUUAAGUUUCUCACAGACUACACCAUUAGAACCUCUGAAAUGUCAGUAAGCUUAUAACAAGAUAAUCAAAUUAUAAGACUCUUAGAUGGUAAUUCCAUUGAUAAGCAUAAGAAAGAUGGGUAUAGUUUCAUACACUUUGGUAUGAUCUAAGUAGCAGCUAAACCUUUGACAAGAUCAGGUUUAAACACCUCUAUUGUCAUGUGUUUAAGAGAUAAUAGGCAUCUCGAUUAUCGAGAUUUUAUUAUUGGAGCAGUCCAAGCUGGACUAAAUGAUGGCCCAGUUUAUUUCCAGUGUUUCCCUAACUUCACAGUUAGAUUAAGAGACGCGGACAUCUUAGAUACUGUUGUCCUGCACGUUAAGACUCAUGGCUUUAAGUUCAAGGAAGGAAACAGUCCUGUUUCCAUCAUUACCAGGUUUGCUUAUAAGAGUAUGACUACAAGCGUUGGAUCUGGGGCUUUAUGCACCAGUCCUAAGGGAGAAACUACUCUCUUUCAUUCAGAUGGCAUAAAUAAGUCCAACAUCAUCGUCCCCAUGAAGAUAAGUUGGGAUGAGGUUGAAUUCCCAGAAAGCUGGCAUUUCUCUAAUGUCGUUCCAGCCAUAGAGUAGAGAUCUGAAAGGAUUGAACAAAUUGUUCAAUAUCCUGAUGGGGGUGGAGAUCUUAUUUUCUCCAAUUCCUUUCGUCAUUCUAGUAACCCUAGAGUUUCAGGUUAUGAACCAGCUAGAUCUUCAAGCUCAUCUAUCCCAGUAAGGAUCACUAGGGAAGAUGAAGGUACCAGUUCAAAUCCUAAGAACAUCAAGCUAACAGGUGUUAGAAGUCACACCAAUUUGGCCAGACCCUUUUACACUGAGGAAAAGGACUCUACUCAUGAAUCUCAACAGGAUGAGUCUCCUACAUAUUCUCAGAUGAUCAACACCAUAAGCUAUGGUGAUGAAGACUUUGAGAUCAACAAGGAACUCUUAAGGAAGGACUUCUAUUCUGAAGUCAAUAAGGAAAAGAAAGAUUGGUUUUUUAUAACUAUUCCUAAAGUUUUUAGAACCAUUCUCCAAGAGGAAUUUUAUUCCUACUUAAGACAAGAAAAGAAAAAUAUUAAGUUCUGGAUCUGGUUUGAACUCUUCAAACAAGAGGAAUAUCCAGAUUAUCCUUGUAAAUACAUUUACAACACAUCCUCAAAAACUAAGAUAUGGAAAACUAGUGAUAAUAUUGUCAUAGAGUCCAUUCAUCCUCCUAAAGCCAAGAUUGAAAUGGACAUAAAUGGAACCAUUGUUAGUGCUUCACCUUUUAAGACCAAGCUUGAGGAUAAGGGAACUGUCAGUAUUAUAGAUAUUAAGAGAAUAAUGGAACAAAAUAAUUAUACUAAUAUGUUCCUCUUAACCAUUGGUAAUCAACUCAAUAGAAUUGAGGAUAUUAUGGAAACUCAACGUUACACUAAGAAUUCUUUUGUUAAAAAUGAUAAUAAGCCUUUGUUCAAACCUUUUCAAUUCUCUAAAAAAUUUCAGGAAAACCCCCAUAUUGAUCAAACUUUCAUUGAAAGAAUAAGCCAGAAGGUUAAGGAUAACCUUAUCAUCCCAGAAACACCUCAGCAUUCCCAUAGGAGAAUUUGUAUGGUUAAGCAGAACUUUAAGGGUAAUAAGCUUAUUAAGUCAACCGGUGAUUAUUCCAGGCAAAACCAAGAUCCUACCCUAAGUAUAAUAACUAUCAAGGAUUUAUAAGAAGAAGUUAAGCAGUAUAAGAAAGAGAUUAAGGAAUCAAGUAUCAAAAGGAUUGAUACUUGUCCCAACUACCUUAAUCAAGAUAGCCUUAAGACUCCUAAAUCACCCCAUGACAAUAACAGAAAGGCAGAGGUAUACUUAAAUACUAUCAGCAGGGUUAUUUCCCAAAAAUGGGAAGUCCACCUUACUAUAGUAAUUAAGAAUAAAAUUGCCAUUGAUAUUAUUGCCCUUAUUGAUUCAGGAGCAGCUUUGAAUUGUCUUCAAGAAGGUCUUAUACCUACCUAGUUUUAUGAAAAAACUAAACAAGAUCUUUUUGGAGCUAAUGGUCAAAACCUUAAUAUUAAUUACAAACUGUUUGAUGCUCAUAUUUGUAAUCAAGGCAUUUGUAUUAAGCAAACUAUCAUUCUUGUCAAAGAUCUUAAAGAAAAAGCUCUCAUUGGAAUUCCCUUUUUAAGCUCUAUCUUUCCUAUCUGGAUUGAUAAACAAGGAAUAAGGACAAAGCUUUUUGGUAGAAAUAUUCUCUUUGGAUUUGCCAACCCUCUUAGUAAAAGAAAUAUAAACACCCUAAAUGAUCAAGUGAUAGUUGCCAAGAAAAAUCAUGUUAAGUCCUUAAAGCAAGAAAUUAAUAUGAUUAGGAUUGAAGAUUAAUUACAAAUUAAGAAAACCCAAGAUGCAAUAGAAAGUCUUAAGAAUAAAAUUAUUAAGGAAAUCUGCUCUAACAUCCCCAAUGCUUUUUGGCACAGAAAACAACAUAAGAUAGAAUUACCCUACGAACCAGACUUUAGUGAAAAGAAUAUCCCCACUAAAGCCAAACCAAUCCAGAUGAGCAAAGAAUUAUUAAGCUAUUGUGAAAAGGAAAUCCAUGAUCUUCUUGACAAAAAUUUGAUAAGAAAAUCCAAAUCCCCUUGGAGUUGUUCAGCCUUUUAUGUUAAAAAACAAGCUGAGUUGGAAAGAGGAACUCCUAGGUUAGUCAUCAAUUAUAAGCCCCUUAAUGAUGCUCUAAGAUGGAUUAGAUAUCCUAUUCCAAACAAAAAAGACCUCCUUCAAAGGCUAGUUAAUUCCAGGAUUUUUUCUAAGUUUGACAUGAAGUCGGGUUUUUGGCAAAUCCAAGUGGCUGAAAAGGAUAGGUAUAAAACUGCCUUUGUUGUCCCAUUUGGUCACUAUGAAUGGAAUGUUAUGCCUUUUGGCCUUAAGAAUGCUCCUUCAGAAUUCCAAAAUAUGAUGAAUGAAAUCUUUAACCAAUUUUCAGAUUUCAUCAUAGUCUAUAUUGAUGAUGUUUUAGUAUAUUCUAGUUCUAUUGAAUAGCAUUGGAAGCAUCUCAAUAAGUUUAUUGAAACUGUUAAAAGCAACGGAUUAAGCCUAUCAACUACUAAGAUUAAACUUUUUCAAACUAGGAUAAGAUUCCUUGGUCAUUAUAUUCACCAAGGAUCCAUCACUCCUAUUCAAAGAUCUUUAGAAUUUGCUGAUAAGUUUCCUGAUGAAAUCAAAGAUAAGAAACAGUUGCAACGUUUCCUAGGAAGCCUUAAUUAUGUGUCAGAUUUCAUACAAGAUUUAAGCUAGUUGUGUGCCCCUUUAAGACAAAGACUUAAGAAAAAUCCAGUUCCUUGGAAUGAGGAUCAUACCAAGAUUGUGAAGAUAGUCAAAUCUAAAGUUAAGACCUUACCGUGUCUUGCCCUAGCUGACCCUACAGCCUUUAAAUUUGUUGAGACUGAUGCCUCAGAUAUAGGAUAUGGUGGUAUUCUUAAACAGAAAAUCGACACUCAAGAAAAGUUGGUUAGAUAUACUUCAGGAACUUGGAAUAAUGCCCAACUCAACUAUAACACCAUUAAAAAAGAAAUUUUAAGCAUUGUUUUAUGCAUUUCAAAAUUUCAAGAUGAUCUUUUAAAUCAAGAAUUUUUAUUAAGGGUUGAUUGUUUAUCGGCAAAAUCAGUUUUGCAAAAAGAUGUUAAAAAUAUAGCUUCUAAGCAUAUUUUUGCUAGAUGGCAAGCCAUUUUAAGCAAUUUUGAUUUUCAAAUUGAAUAUAUUAAAGGAGAAAAUAACUCAAUCCCUGAUUUCGGUACUCGUGAAUUUUUGCAAGAUUCACAAGAUCAUGGCUCCCAAAAAAGAAAAGCAAUCCUUUAAGAAAUCAUCAUCUUACAUGAAACCUCUUUCAGUCUUAUCAGAAAAAUUCAAACCCUUGUAUUAUGAUUAUGCUUCAGGAUCUCAAGGAUCUUCUUCUGAUCCUUUUCCUCCAGUCUUAAGCAUCCUUUCUCCCCUGUUUUGGAAUAAGGAAAUAUUUCGGGUUCUCUACCUUUUGUGGAAGAAACCAUCCCCUUAAACUCCUCUACUUUUGAUACUAACCCCUUAUCUGUUCAUAAGAGUAUUUGUGAUUUGCAGGUGAUUACUACUCAAAACAUGCUAUUUUGUAGCUUGUUAUUAGCUCUUUUAAGCACCCUUGAGUAGUAAUUAUUACCUUUUAACUCAAUUAACAUGUUAGGGACCCUUGCAAUUGUUUCUAAUCAAUUUGUGUUAAGUUUUGGUGUUUUUUGAUAGCUUUAUGCUCACCAAAGCAAUUUAAGAAUGAGGGAGAGCUAUAUAUAAUUCAUGGCAAAGCUUUUGGAAGCUCAAAUUUAAGAAGAAACCAAGCUUUGGAGCCUCAUAAUCCUUUGCCUUAGUCGUUCAAAGUAUGCAAGGAAAGAACAAUGGAGAAGAGGAAAACAGGGUGAUGAAAAUAGGGGACACAGCUGCAGUCUUUCAUCGCACUUUUGGAGCACUUCCCGAAGUCCAUUUUCUACAUUCUAUAUACCAUUUCAAAGCUCAGAAAGUCAAGAAUCCAACGAUUCAAACCAUGUAUGAUUUGGAGCUGAAAUGAGGAAGAUAUGGCCUCCGGAAGACAACUGCAUCAAGCUGAGGGACAAUUUCGCACGAUGGAAAUCAAGGUGCGAAUUCCUCAGUCCAAAGUGUGGGAAUUUCGCACACCUGAAACCAAAGUGCGAAAUUGGAACUGCAACGUGCGAAAAUUGGAUAUUUUUGCCGACUCUUUUUCUUCUGAUAUUUUUGUGUCUAAAUUUCCAUUUUCUCCUUGUAUUCAGCCACUCAUGUAAUUCCUUAGCUAGGAAGUAUCCAAGGAAGGGUAAAAUUACCUUCCUAUAUAAAUUCUCUUGUAAACACUGAAGAGGCACUCUCGGGGAGCUUUCUCCAGGAGACCAACUGAUGUAAAUUCUACACUUAGUGAAAUACAGAGAUCUCUUUUGCUUUC